AUCCAACUCUGUGAGGAUGAACACACCUGUCAGAUUUUAAAUCCCCACCAGAAGAGCUAAUAAGUGACCGGAGUGAGCUAGACUGCUGUCACCCAAGCCCAGUUUGAAGGCCAUUGUCCCAUUUAUCAACCCCAGACCCCGCAAUCCUGGGACCCGCUGUUGUCUGUUUUCGGCCAGACCAAACCUAUACCGGAAGCUGUCAAAGACCUGGAAAACGUUAACAAUUGCUGCGUCAAGAAAAGAUCUACAAACAAACACUCGAAGGUGCGUCGUGUGCCUUAUCCAAAGCCCUCAAAAUUUCCGUUCCCAGGCUGUCGGGCUGCAUCCGGUCACCACCAAGCACAAAUAUCGACAUGGAAUUUACUUAUAGCAGCCGAUCUCCAUGCCCUUUGACACAUUUCUCAUUUCAUUUCAUUCCUGAAGCCCAGCCACCUGGAUUCUAGAUUAACUUUAUUAAAGGAACUUCAGAAUGUCUGUAUCAAAGAAGACCCUCGUGCUGGCCUUUUUGGCUGCACUGGGCGAAGCCUCUAAACUCGGCCACGCCACCAGGAUGAGCCAGGCCGCUAUGGAAGUGAGCCCUCUCUUUGGCUACGGUACCGAUACAAAGGUCCGUGGUGUCAAUCUCGGUGGUUGGUUGGUUUUGGAGCCUUGGAUUACUCCUUCAAUCUUUGAUCAAGUCGGAGACGCUGCCGUCGAUGAGUGGUCUCUCUGCACCGUCCUCGGUACGGAACAGUGCCGCACUCUUCUGUCGCAGCACUGGAGCACCUUCAUCACCCAGGAUGAUUUCAAUCAGAUCGCAGCCACGGGUAUGAACCAUGUUCGAAUUCCAGUCGGCUACUGGGCUUUGGAGCACUUGGAUGGCGACCCAUACGCCGAUGGCCAGCUGGAGUACCUUGACCUUGCCGUCACCUGGGCUCGUGCUGCCGGUAUCAAGAUCAUGGUUGAUCUUCACGGCGCCCCUGGAUCCCAGAAUGGAUUUGAUAACAGUGGCAAGCGAGGCUCUAUUGGAUGGCAACAAACCCCCAACAAUGUGGUCAACACUAAGUCUGCUCUGCAAGCGCUGGCUAAGCGGUACCAAGGUGAUACCGAUGUCGUCACCGCCAUCGAGGCUCUUAAUGAGCCCAGCAUCCCCGGUGGCGUCAACGAGGAUGGCCUGAAGCAAUACUACUAUGACUCAUGGGGUGUUGUCCGUGAGUCUAGCCAAGAUACCACUGUGGUUCUUCACGAUGGAUUCAUGCCUACCGAAUCCUGGAACGGAUUCAUGAGCGUGGACACUGGUGUCUGGUAUGUCAUGAUGGAUACUCACCACUACGAGGUCUUUGAUGAAAGCCUGCUUGCCAUGGACGCCAAGAGCCACGCCAAUAACGUCUGCAACUUCGUCGACCAGCACGUCUUGCACUCUGACAAGUGGACCAUCGUUGGUGAAUGGACUGGAGCCAUGACUGAUUGUGCUAAGUACCUGAAUGGCAAGGGUGUUGGUGCCCGCUAUGACGGAUCCUACCAGGGCAGCAGCAUGAACGGUAGCUGUGCUGGCAAGUCUACUGGAACCGUGGCAGCUCUCCCCCAGGCUGAUCGUGACAACCUGCGCCAGUUUAUUGAGGCCCAGCUUGAGGCCUUUGAGAAAGGAGACGGCUGGAUUUACUGGACCUGGAAGACUGAGGGUGCCCCCGAGUGGGACAUGCAGCAACAGAUUGCAGGAGGAGUCUUCCCCAACCCUGUCACCAGCCGCCAGUUCCCUAGCCAGUGUUAG